AUGGCGAAUAGAGUUCAGAUCCGCACAAGCAGCUCAGCACUCAUCGCCAUGAUCGCUGAUGAGGAUACAAUUACUGGAUUUUUGCUGGCUGGAGUUGGCAAUGUUGAUUUGAGGAGGAAAACGAAUUAUCUCAUUGUGGACUCAAAAACUACGGUGAAACAGAUUGAAGAUGCUUUCAAAGAAUUCACAGCAAGGGAAGACAUUGCAAUUGUGUUAAUCAGCCAAUAUGUUGCAAAUAUGAUAAGGUUUUUAGUGGAUAGCUACAACAAGCCUAUUCCAGCAAUUCUGGAAAUCCCGUCCAAGGACCAUCCAUAUGAUCCUGCACACGACUCUGUUCUUUCGCGAGUGAAGUACCUCUUCUCAACUGAGUCGGUGGCAUCUGGAAGGCGUUAA